AUGCAAGACCUCAUCGACGCGAUCAGCCUCGAGCCCGAAGGCGCCGGGUUCAACCUGGAAGAAACCUUCGCGCCCUUCACGCGUCUUGAGGCCAAGUACGGCGAUCCGUCCAACGACAAACGCGUAAUUGCGAUCGCCUUCUCUCUUUACUGCGUGGCGACGUGCGCGAGCUACUGCACCGUGCUCGCGCCGUACAGUUCAUUCUCUAUCGCGUAUGGCUCAUUGAUGCUCGCGCGCCACCUCUGUGGACGUGGACGUGGGCCGUUCUUCGAUGAAGAAAGUUUGCAAGCAAUGGGAGCGAUGGACCUUCUUGUACAGAACGAGCAUAGGAAUUUGGUAACGACAGUUUGCUCGGAGGACCCGGAGGUGUCCUGGAAGCAUUUAUGGCGAAUCGACGAGUUUUAUGGCUCAUGCAGAGAUUUAUUUCCCCCCGUCCCGAGCACUGAGGAAGAGUACGAGGCCGUCCCGACUGAGGCGGACUAUGAGGCGGGCAGGGAGAAGAGGCCCCAGCUUGUCGUGAGCAAUACGGAGACGCGGUCAUCAACGUCGGAGACGAAUGGCACUCCACAGUUAGCCGUGAAGCUAUUAUCGCAGCCAUUAUUUGUAUGCACGGUCGAGGAAGAGUGUAUCAUGUCUUCCCACUCCUCUUCUGUUUUGAAUGAAAGACAGUCAGUUUGGUCAUGCGCACCGAACAUCUACUCAGUGCCACUCCUCUAUUCGACAUACCUUCGCUAUGUUGCAUGCAUCUGUGAGACAAUAUACCUUGGAGGAGAGACUGGCGUCCACGCGCAUCCCGUGGCUAGCGAGAUGCGCGGUCAUGUGACAUUGCGGGUCCACAAAAGACGCGUUCACGAGCCGACCGUGGGAGACGCAGCUUUCGCCACACCCACCACCACCACCGCCUCCCUCCUCCUCCGCACUGCAUCCACCACCACAGACCACCACAGACCAGCAAUCAUGCAAGACCUCCUCGACGCGAUUGCCGCUGAACCCGACGGCACCGUCUUCGUCCUAGACGACUGCGACGACGACGGCGCACAGCUCUUCUCGCCGUUCACGCGCCUCGAGCGCAAGUACGGCACGCCCCCACCCGACACACGCGUCCUCGCCGUCGCCUACGCCUUGUACCGCACCAGCCAGUCCGCGCACUACGCCGCCGCGCUCGGGCGCCUCUCCCCCCUCGACCUGGGCUACGGCUCGCUCCUCCUCGCGCGGCACCUCUGCGGGCGCGGGCGCGGGCCGUUCUGGGAUGAGCCGAGCGUGCUCGCCAUGGCCGCGCUGGACCGCAUGGUCCAGAACGAGCGCGCGAGCCUCGUGCGCACGGUCUGCGUGGAGAGCCCCGCGGUGUCGUGGAAGGUGCUGUGGCGAAUCGACGAGUUCUACGGCGCGGGGCGGGAGUGGCUGCCCCCGCUCCCGAGCAGCGAGGAAGAGUAUGAGGCUGUCCCGACUGAGGCGGAUUAUGAGGCGGGCAGGGCGGUGAGGCCGAAGGUCAAUUUGUUGGACUUUACGUCCACGGUGGGAGUCGCGUUUUAG